AUGGAUGCUUUCCCUUGUGACAGCACGCUUGGAUAUACGCCCCCUAGCGGAGACGACUCCGCGGUUUUCUAUGAGCCCGGGGAGUUUCCGCCUAACGGAACAGCCACUUCCUCUAAUGUCGCCGGAAGUAUCACGAGCCCAGUCAGUGGAGCGACGUACACAUGGACGUAUGAUGGACUUACGCGUACCGUAACAGUAGCGAGUGCGGAUUUACAACCUACGGAUGCGGCAAAUACCAGCGACGAGGACAAGGGAGAUAAUGAGAGCGAUAUUACGGAAACCGAAAACAAGAAAAAAUGUGGCCCCUUCACAGAUGUCUGGGUUACUGCCUAUCUGCGGACUAAUUCUAUUACUGGUCACAAUCCUUUGAAUACCUAG